AACAAGUUCAAAUAGUAAGGAAUCAAGUUUCAGAACUGACAUCAACAAAGCGACGAUGUUUGAUACAAUGUUUUUCUCAGAUUAAAUUAGAGUUACUGAACAGCAUUUUUUUAAAUCAGGACCAUAUUUGAUUGUUGUUAUCUGUUUGUAAAUUAAUGAUUCAAGCAAACAUAUCAGAAUUUAGUGUUGAAAGUGUUUUAGUUUAUAACCUCAAAAUCGAACGCUUAGAAAACAAUGUUUUCGAUUUGUCGAACGACUCAUCCAGCGACAGGUAUAGAGCACGCGGUUAGCUGUUAUUUCUUUAACAAUGACGAGGUUUGUCUGGUCACCGCCGGUGCCAAUAUCAUCAAGGUCUUCAGGCUGCUGCCCGAAGGCCACACAAAAGAGAUUAAUGCAGCCGGUCAGCCGAUUCCCCCGAAGAUGAAGUUGGAAUGUUUAGCCACAUAUACAUUAUGGGGUAAUGUGAUGUCUUUAGCUUCUGUCCGCUGUCAAAGUUCUGGUCGAGAUAUCCUGUUGGUUUCAUUCAAAGAGGCUAAAUUAUCUGUACUCCAAUAUGACCCACAGACCAAUAACUUGGUUACAUUGAGUAUGCAUUAUUUUGAAGAGGAUGAUAUGAAGGGCGGUUGGACAACUCAUCCUCAUAUACCAUGGAUCAGAGUAGAUCCUGAGUUCCGAUGUGCUGUGAUGUUGUUGUAUGGGAAGAAACUUGCAGUCCUUCCGUUUAGGAAGGACAUUACCUCUGAAGAAGGGGAUCCUCUUGAGGCCAAACCCCUCUCUGACACAAAGAAAAAUCAAGCAGCUCAUACUAUGAACAGGGCACCAACACUGGCCUCAUACAUAAUAAUACUCAAGGACCUAGAUGAGAAGAUUGAUAACAUAUUAGACAUACAAUUCUUGCAUGGCUAUUACGAACCUACGUUGCUACUGCUCUAUGAGCCCGUCAGAACAUUUCCUGGUCGCACGGCGGUUCGCAACGACACCUGCGCGAUGGCGGGCGUCAGUCUGAACAUGUCAGCUCGGGUGCACCCGGUCAUCUGGUCCACCUCAGGUCUGCCCUUCGACUGUCUCCAAGCCGUGCCCGUGCCGAAACCACUAGGUGGCUGUUUGAUAAUGGCCGUCAACUCAUUGAUAUAUUUAAAUCAAUCGGUUCCACCUUACGGCGUCUCACUGAACAGUGUUGCUACACACACCACAAAUUUUCCCCUGAGGAUCCAGGAGGGCGUGUGCAUGACGCUGGAGGGCGCGUGCGUGGCGCGGCUGUCGGACGCCGUGUUCGCGGUGUCUCUGCGCGGCGGCCAGCUGUACGUUGUGGCGCUGCUGGCGGACAGUGUGCGCUCCGUCAGAAGCUUCCACAUCGACCGCGCCGCCGCCUCCGUGCUCACCACCUGCAUGUGCGUUAUAGAAGAGGACUUCCUAUUCCUGGGGUCGCGGCUCGGGAACUCGCUGCUGCUGCGCGUUACCGAGCGAGAGAACCGGAUGUUGUUCUCCGUUGACAAACCCCUGGAAGCGACGGUCGAUCUGACCGUGGCCGAAACCGAACGAGAGCAGAGCAGAGAGAAGGAGCAGCCCGACCCGGCUUCGAAGCGGCGGCGCAUGGACACCAUCAGCGACUGCGUGGCCUCCAACGUCAUCGAGAUCAGCGACGGAGACGAGCUCGAGGUGUACGGCAGCGACAUACGCACGUCCACAAGACUCACCAGCUACGUGUUCGAGGUAUGCGAUUCGCUGUUAAACAUAUGUCCGAUCGGCGACGUGUCUAUGGGUGAGCCCCAGCUUCUCUCCGAGGAGUACAGCAGACAGCAGGAGAAUCCUCUGGUGGAGCUGGUGACCUGUAGUGGCAGAGGGAAGAACGGCGCCCUGACCGUACUCCAGAGGACGGUCAGACCUCAGUUGAUCACUGCUUUCAAUUUACCCGGUUGUAUCGACAUGUGGUCGGUUUUCGGAGAGAGCGAAAGCACUAGAGAAAACGAAGGAACGCACGCGUAUUUGAUACUGACGCAAGACGACUCCUCCAUGGUCCUACAAACCGGCCAGGAGAUCAACGAGGUGGACAACUCUGGCUUCAUGACGGGCUCGCCCACCAUCUUCGCUGGGAACCUCGGGAACAACAAGUUCAUGGUGCAGGUCACCACCACCACCAUUCGACUCAUCAAGGGCGGCGUGCAGCUGCAGUCGAUCCAGCUGGAGUGGACGGCUCAGUACGCGGCCGUCGCGGACCCCUACCUGUGCGUCACGUCCAGCUGCGGCCGCGCCAUCGUGCUGGCCCUGAGAGAGAUCAGGGGGAAGGACGGGCAGCCGUCGGGUCGGCUGGCGCCCACGCGGCAGUGCGUCCCCGCGCGGCCCCCGCUCGUGCGCGCCGCCCCGCACCGCGACCUCAGCGGACUGUUCGCGCCAGACCUCGCCGAGCCCGGCCACCAGGUCAAAGGUGAGUUCACCGGUAAGUUGAAGGAGAACGUGAAGAAGGAGGCCUUCAAGCCCGGCGUGGUCUAUGAGCUGAACGACGAAGAUGAGAUGCUGUACGGAGGCGACCAGACGCCCGCAUCCAUGGCCAGCAUAAUGCUGGCGGAGCAAAGCAAGAAUCCAGGGGUUCCGCGUCGGAUGUCGCGCUGGUGGAAGAAGUACCUCCAGGAGGUGAAGCCCACGUACUGGCUGUUCUGCGUUCGCGACAACGGCAACCUGGAGAUAUACUCGUUGCCGGAAAUGAGGUUGAGUUUCCUGGUGAGAGACUCGUGCGCUGGAAACAGGAUAUUGGCGGACAGCCUGGAGUCCGUCCCGAUGUCAGACAGCAUGGAGGACGAGGACAUCAGCGCGCCGUCACACAACGCUGAUGCUGAGAAGCUCAAGGAACUGUGCGUCGUCGGUCUGGGGCACAAGGGCUCCAGGGUGAUACUGAUGCUGAGGAUGCAAAAUGAAUUGAUGAUUUAUCAGGCGUACAAAUACCCCCGGGGGAAUCUCAAGCUGCGGUUCUGCCGGGUGACUGUCUCGUUCCCGUUUGGGUACGAGAGCGUGCCCAGCACCGCACAGAGCGCCGACACCUACGAGACGGCCGGCGUGCGGGACGGCGUGCGGCAGCUGCGGUACUUUGGCAACGUGGGCGGGUACAGCGGGGUGUUCGUCUGCGGCGCGACCCCCUACAUGAUGUUCUUGUCUGCGCGCGGCGAGCUGCGCCUGCACCCGCUGCACGCCGACCGACCGCCCGUGCACACGUUCGCGCCCUUCAACAACACCAACUGUCCGCAGGGCUUCCUGUACUUCAACGCCGAGUCGUCGCUCCGCAUCUGCGCGCUGCCGUCGCACCUGUCGUACGACGCGGCGUGGGCGGUGCGCAAGGUGCCCAUCCGCAUGACGCCACACUACGUCACGUUCCACCUGGAGUCCAGGACCUACUGCCUCGUCGCCUCCACCUCGCAGCCCACCACGGUCUACUACAAGUUCAACGGCGAGGACAAGGAGAAGUCUGCCGAGAACAAAGGGGACAGGUUUCCGUACCCGAUGCUGGACCGCUUCUCGGUGAUGCUGUUCUCCCCCGUCUCCUGGGAGAUCAUACCGAACACCAAGAUCGAGCUGGACGAGUGGGAGCACGUGACGUGUCUCAAGAACGUGUCGCUGUCGUAUGAAGGAACCAGAUCCGGUCUCCGCGGUUACAUAGCGAUAGGAACUAAUUAUAAUUACAGCGAGGAUAUCACUUCUAGGGGGAGGAUAAUAAUCUACGACAUAAUCGACGUGGUCCCGGAGCCCGGGCAGCCGCUGACCAAGAACCGCUUCAAGGAGAUCUACUCCAAGGAGCAGAAGGGUCCGGUGACCGCGCUCACGCAGGUGCUCGGCUACCUCAUAUCCGCCGUCGGACAGAAGAUAUACAUAUGGCAGUUGAAAGACAACGACCUAGUGGGCGUCGCGUUCAUCGACACCCAGAUAUACGUGCACCGCAUGCUGGCCGUCAAGAACCUCAUCCUGGUGGCCGACGUCUACAAGUCCAUCUCGCUGCUGCGCUACCAGCCCGCGCACAGGACGCUCUCGCUGGUCUCCAGGGACUUCAGGACCGCGCAGAUAUACGAUAUGGAGUUCAUGGUGGAUAAUACGAACCUCGGUUUCCUGGUCAGCGAAGCCGAGGGGAACUUCGCGCUGUUCAUGUACCAGCCGCAGGCCAGGGAGAGCUACGGAGGCCAGCGGCUGAUACGCAAGAGCGACUACCACCUGGGCCAGCAGGUGCACGCCAUGUUCCGCAUCAACGUGCGCUCGCUGCCAGACUCCGACAACUCGCACAAGAGACACGUCAGCAUGUUCACGACCCUGGACGGCGCCAUAGGCUACGUGCUGCCGGUCACGGAGAAGAUGUACCGGCGCCUGCUGAUGUUGCAGAACGUCAUGAACAACUACUACUGCCACAUAGCCGGCCUCAACCCGAGGGCCUUUCGCACGUACAAGGCGUCGCGGCGCGCGGCGGGGGGCGGGGCGGCGCGGGGCGUGCUGGACGGGGACCUGGUGGCGCUGUACGCCGCCAUGCCGCGCGCCGACCAGCACGACAUCGCAAAGAAAAUCGGUACAAAAGUCGAGGAGAUAAUGUCGGACUUGUACGAGAUAGACAGACUGACCGCGCAUUUUUAGUUUCUUAAUAUAUAUGUAUAUGUUUUAAUUUAGGCAGCGGCUUGGCUCUGCCCUUAGCAUUGCUGAUGUCCAUGGGCGACGGUAACCACUCACUAUCAGGUGGGCCGUAUGCUCGUCAGCCUACAAGGACAAUAAAAAAAAACAAAUAAGUCAUCUGGGAAGGCUUCAUGUUUGGAUCGAAGAAUGUAUAUAAAUAGUUUUUAGUACUUUAAAAUGAAUGUGUUUGUUUGUUUGUUUGUUUGUUGGCGUUCUGUGUGCUUGUGCGUCUUUUACGAGAUCCAGUUAAUAGCUGAGAGCACAAUACGCCUUAUUUCCAGUAAUUGCGCAAUAAAAAUACGUGUUUGAUUUUAUUGCAGACAUUACUUGUUCGUCUCGUAUGUGUUUUUGAAUGUUAUUUUAGAGGCCUUCAGAGGAUUCUUUUGAUUAAAUCUUUUUGGUUAAAUAACCCUGCGAUGUUGCGAAGUGAAGGGUCCAAAUAUAAUUUUAAUAUUUGCAUAGUUAAAAUUGGCUGUACGGGCUAUAUUCCCUUUGCCCUGCAAUUGGACAAAGAAAAGAGUUAAUUAACACAUACAACCAGAUUGUGCUAAUUUAAAUAAGAAAUUGUGUUGCGUUUAAAUUUUGUAAAUAAUUUGUUUAAGAAUAAACCUGAUUAAAAUAAG